AACUUUGCAUCGGAUAUAUAAUAUAUCCGAGUCAAACUCUAGCUGGGGAAGGUUUGUUAUGUUCAAAGCCAACAUGUGUGCAAAACUUGGGUACACUUGUUUGUGGACUGAUGGAGUUACUGUUCUGUUUUGUAGGAACUUUCAUCUGCUAAGUUGUAGGAUUUGAGUUUGAGUUAGUCGAUUCUUCUAAGUCUAUAAGUGGCUACCCUAGCUAACCUGAAUUUACCUUCUUUUUUUUCCUUUGAAUUUAAAAUUUUAAUCAACAUAGACUUUUUGCUGUGUUUCCAAAAGCCUCUCUAAUUAACCAAAACAAACAAAUGAGAUCAAUGGCUUCCUCUUAUGCCUCAACAGCCAUUUUCUUGACCUUGGCUCUCCUAAUUGUGCACAUGGAAGCCAAGGCCAUCGAUGAAAUGUCACCAAGUUUUUAUGCCACUUCUUGUCCAAAACUCUUCCCCACUGUGAAACCCAUAGUUGAAUCCGCCAUUAAAAAGGAGGCUCGAAUGGGAGCCUCUCUCCUCCGCCUCUUCUACCAUGACUGUUUUGUUAACGGAUGUGAUGCGUCGUUGCUGCUGGAUAAUGCACCAAACUUCAUUGGAGAGAAAAAUAUACCUCCCAAUAAGAAUUCUACGAGGGGGUAUGAAGUGAUUGAUGAAAUCAAGUCUGCGGUGGAGAAAAAGUGCCCUGGCGUCGUCUCAUGUGCUGAUAUUAUUGCCAUUGUUGCCAGAGACUCUGUUUCAAUUCUUGGAGGACCAAGUUGGGGUGUUCAAUUGGGAAGGAGAGACGCUAGGGCUACGAACGCGAUCGUUACUAAUGUCAGCUUACCCCUUCCGAAAGCCAAUUUAAAGGAGCUCGUCCUUAGAUUCCGUGGUAUUGCGCUUAAAAGGAGAGACUUGGUUGCUUUAGUAGGAGCUCAUACACCUGGAGAAGCACAAUGUCACUCCUUCAGAGAGCGCAUAUACAAUGAGAGCAACAUGAACAAAGAGCUUGCCCAGAAAAGGAGAUUAAAAUGCCCAAGAUCACAAGGCUCGGGUGACGCCAACUUGGCUCCAAUUGAUGCUCAAACCCCAAUAGUGUUUGACAACAGCUACUACAAAAACCUUGUCCAGAAUAAAGGGCUCCUCCACUCUGAUCAGCAGCUCUUCAGUGGAGGCAAAACUGAUCCCAUAGUGCGCACCUACAGUAAAGACCAAGAAGCCUUCUUUAACGACUUUGCGUCUGCCAUGAUCAAGAUGGGAAGCGUCAACCCCCUCAUUGGUCCAGCUGGCGAGAUCAGGUUGAAUUGCAGGAGGAUGAAUCCAAUAAUUUAAUUAAUUAUUUCAUGGUUUCUCUUAGAAGGUGUCAUAUAUCAGAGUUUUGUUCUUGUUUGAAAUCAGGGAUGUGUAUUUGUCUUAGUUGGGUGCCUUAGUUGGGUGCCUUCAGGGUGUCUAAAGAGUUUCUUUUGGGCCUUGCCAUUUAGGAUACUAGAUUUGGGCCUAGCUCGAUCGAGGCCUGUCCUAAUAGAU